UUUCAAGAUUACCUGUUCUUUCUGCCACCACCCUUUGGCGAAUGCCCCAGGCAGUCUGGGACAUGUAUAAAAGAGCUGGAGCCUUCAGUCCACUAUCCAACCUCCUCUGCUUCACUCUCCUGAUCAACAGGGACUCCUUGUCUGCCUGAAAGAUGUCCUGCUCCAGCCUGUGUGCCCCUUCCUGUGGGGUGGCCACCCCAGCCCCGCUGGCUGACUCCUGCAACGAGCCCUGCGUGCGCCAGUGCCCCGACUCCACGGUGGUCAUCCAGCCCCCAGCUACAGUGGUCACCUUCCCCGGGCCCAUCCUCAGCAACUUCCCACAGCACAGCGCUGUUGGCUCAGCUGGAGUCCCCGCUGUUGCUGGGAGCUACGGAGGCAGCUAUGGAGGCUAUGGUGGCUAUGGAGGCCUUGGGGGUUCUUGGGGCUAUGGAGGCCUUGGGGGCUAUGGAGGCUAUGGAGGCUCUUGGGGGUAUGGAGGCCUUGGGGGUUACGGAAGCUAUGGGAGCUGCGGAUACGGCGGCUGGCGCCGAGGCCACAGGUACCUCAGUGGCAGCUGUGGGCCCUGCUAAGCCUCACACUGCAGCCGACCUCAGAUGAAGAUCUCUGGAAAAGCCCAUGGUACAUCUCCACACAAAGCCUGAAGAAUGGACAACCCCUUCGCGUUGCUGGGCUCCAGAACAUGGACACCUCAUAUCUGCCUGUGGUCCAACUCUGCCUUCACCCUGCCUCCCCUGAACAUCCCUUCAUGACUCGUUGACCCCUGAUGACAGAGGUUCGCACUGGGUGCCUACUCCUGUGGCACAACCGAUGCUCACCAUCACCCUGCCCACUGCCAGGAGACAGGAGAGACCCUGUCCAGAACCCUUGUCCCAACUCCCUCCUCCCCUGGAACUGCAAUA